AUGAGCAAAAACGUCUUUGACCCCUGCCUGCACUUUGGCCAUGUAGUAGCAACGAAGACGAAGGAUGGGGAGACAUUCGAAGGAGAACUGUACUGUUACGACACAAAUUUGAAGUUUGUGGUUAUUAAGGAUGAUAACAAAAAUGGCACUGCCAAUUUUUACAUUAUAAGGACGGAAAUUAUUGUAGAAAUAGAGAUACGAAGAAGAAUCAAAGUUCUGCAUGACCCUGUUCCUCAAAUCGAGAGGUCCCUUAUUGAGAAGAUAGAAAAAAAGGCCUUGGAAAACUUCGAAAGUAUUAAGGAACGCAUCGGUAUUGGUGUAACGCAGGAGGCACAGGAGCUCUUCGAUUUUAUAUGGAAAACGCACCCAGACUGCACCUGGAGCAACAAAGAUAUUUUGGUCCUCAACGGAGAAGUCCGGAUCAAGCCGCCUUAUGGACCCGAUAACUGCGAGGCGAAGAAUGAAAAUCUCAAGGACAGAUUCGCGACCGUGAUCUCGAAGUUUCGUCAGAAAAGGAAUAUGUCCACUUGUGGCUGA